CAAAUGCAUUGAUGAACGCAUUGAUCAUUGGAUCGAAUGUUUAGAACAACAAAACACAACACACUUUGCAAACAAACAAUACAUUCAUUACAUUGAAUACAACAAUACAUUCAAUACAUACAAGACUUACAAGACUUGCAUUCAUUGCAAACAAUGGCCAGAGGCAGAGGUCGCGGACAUAAAGGACAGAGAAGACACUUCACAACACCUGAAGAUAUUGAGGCUCAACGAAAACGCAGAGAAAAUGAAGAGUUAGACAGUGAAGAGUCAGAAGAAGGAAGUGAAGACUCGGACGAUGAAGACGACGACGAUUCCCGACCUAAAGGUGUUUCGGGUAUUAUUGAGAUCGAGAAUCCAAAUCGUAUUCAAAGAAAACCUCAGAAGAAUCUUACACUCGAAACCCCCAGUAGUUCUCGAAACGGACCUAACAAUGAUAGCGCGUCGGGAGGCGAACAACUGUCUAGACGUGAACGAGAAGAGAUCGAGAAACAGAGGGCACGGGAGACGUACCAGCGGUUACACGCCGAGGGCAAGACUGACCAGGCAAGAGCCGAUUUGGCCCGACUCGCCAUUAUUAAACAACAACGAGAAGAUGCGGCCAAACGACGAGAGGCCGAAAUUAAGGUCAAAGAGGCCGAAGUCAAGGCUAAACAUUCAAUGACUAACAAAGCGUUGGGCAAAAAAUGACAAAAAUGUCUUAUUAUUUCGAUUAUUAACUAAUGUUUUCAUUUAUUAUAUUAUAUUAAUAAUAUAUUAUUGAAUUUUUUAUUUAUUCAAUAAGUGUUUUACAUAAUUUAUUUUUGAAAAAUAAUAACGAUUUCUAUAAACAUUAUCGA